AUGCCCAACCUCCAAGCACCGCAAGAGCGCCGCACUCUCUACUUCUCUGGCCUCUCCGAUCGAACCACGUACAAAGAUCUCCUGUCUGUCGUCAAAGGUGGCAAGGUUCUGAGCGUGAACCUCCGAUCCGACCGAAGCGCUACCAUAACGUUCUGGGAUGGCGCCGCAGAGUUUCUGGCUUGGGCUAAACGCAAUGACAUUUACUUGCACUCCAAACGCGUCGAAGUCGAGUGGGCUGCUCGACAAUACAGAAUCAAAGGUCACAUAUCAAACAAGAUCCUAGGCGGCUCUACACGAAACAUCCUUAUCCGCAACGCCGUCAGCAACGGCAUCACAGAGGAACAGAUCCGCGCGGAGAUGGAUCACAUCCACAAUCUUAUCAUCAUCGGCGUUACCUUUAAUAGUGGGGACGCCUAUGUUUACACCAACUCGGUUCACAACGCUUUGUUCGCCAGAACCUGCAUGAUGAGCCGCACAGCCUACAAAGGCUGCAAAGUGGAGUUCUUCCGAGACGAGUGUGAUGUGCCACUACCGGUGCCGGUGCUGAAAGGCAAGGCACCACUGCCGGGUCCGGUGAAAAAACAGCAUACGAUGACGAACCGCUUCGACUUGCUGAACAUUGAAGGCGACGAGAACGGUAGCGACGAAGAGAACCGGGCUCCGGUCGCUGACGUGAGCGACGACGACGGCACGGUUGGCUUGAUGACACGCAGAGGUGUCAGGCUCGACUUUCUCGACUCUGACAGCGUUUAA